GCAACAAACCCUGACUCGUUUCUCAUCCUGGCUUCUCCCCCUCCCUACCCCUCGUAGGCCAAGUUGCUGAAUCAAGGGAGCCCUCCCCAAACCGGGCGUUCCCCAGCGAGGCUUCCUUCUCAUCCUCCCGACCACGACCACUGGGGCUUUUCGUGAGCUCGGCUCUGAUCUCGCGGAAGAGUGACUUACAGGUGUUCAGAGACGCUUCUGGGGAGUCAGGGAAGCGGUUUGCGAGUGACUUGGCUGGGCGCCGGGGGCGGGCACCAGCACUGAACACACCCCGAGGCCAGCCCUGGCCUGCGGGUUGGUGACCGGCUCGGCUCGGUGCGGAGUUGGAGAGGCGCUUUCACUUCGGGGAACUGCUCCACAACCAUGCUGGGCCUCUGGACCCUCCUAACUCUGGUUCUUAAAUUAUUUGGAUUAUUGUCCAAAAGUGUUAAUGCUCAAGUGACUGACGUUAACCCCAAGGGGCUGGAAUUGAGGAAGACUGUUACUACAAUUGAGAAUCAGAACUUGGAUGACCAGUAUUACGUGCCCCAAUUCUGCCGUAAGCCCUGUGGUCCAGGUGAAAAGAAAGCUAGGGAUUGCACAAUGGAUGGGGAUGAACCAGACUGCGUGCCCUGCCAAGAAGGGAGGGAAUACACUGACAAAAGUCAUUUUUCUUCCAAAUGCAGAAGAUGUAGAUUGUGUGACGAAGGACAUGGCUUAGAAGUGGAAAUCAACUGCACCCGGACCCAGAAUACCAAGUGCAGAUGUAAACCAAACUUUUUUUGUGAUUCUGCUGUAUGUGAACACUGUGACCCUUGUACCAUAUGUGAACAUGGAAUCAUCAAGGAAUGCACACUAACCAGCAAUGCCAAGUGCAAAGAGGAAGGAUUCAAAUAUGGCUUGCUGUGGUUGUGUCUCCUUCUUCUCCUAAUUCCACCAAUUGCUUGGGGAAACGGUGCCAAUGAAUUUAUCUGAUGUUGACUUGAGUAAAUAUAUCACCGUUAUUGCUGAACACAUGACGAUAAGUCAAGUUAGAGACUUUGUUCGGAAGAAUGGUGUCAAUGAAGCAAAAAUAGAUGAGAUCAAGAAUGACAAUAUCAAAGACACAGCAGAACAGAAAGUUCAGCUGCUUCGUAAUUGGUAUCAACUUCAUGGGAAGAAAGAUGCAUAUGACACUUUGAUUAAAGGUCUCAAAAAAGCCAAUCUUACUACUCUUGCAGAGAAAAUUCAGAAUAUCAUCAUCAAGGACUCAGAAAAUUCAAACUUCAGAAAUCAAAAUGAAAACCAAAGCAUGGUCUAGAGCGAAAGACAAUGAAUUCAGUUCUCAGUAUAUACAAUUAGUGUUUGAGAAGAUUGUUAAUAGCUGGCUGUAAAUACUGCUUUUUUUUUUACUGGGUACAUUUUAUCAUUUGUUAGCUCUGAAGAGGCAAAUAUUUAUAGAUUUUUGAACAUCUCAUGAUUCUGCCUCCAAGGAUGUUUAAAAUCUAGUUGGGAAGACAAACGUUAUCAAGAGUAAAUGCGGUGGCCUGCUAAGUACUGAAAGAUUAAGAUUAUGCUCUGGUAUCUAACAUAAGAUUCUGUAGUAUGAAUGUAAUCAGUGUAUGUUAGUACAAAUGUCUAUCCACAGGCUAACCCCAUUCCAUGAAUCAAUAGAAGAAGCUAUGACCCUUCAUUGAAACGUCAGUUACUGAAUCAAGCCACUUUGCCUCUAAAUUACCUCUGACAAUUCUAGAGAUUUUACCAUAUUUCUAAACUUUGUUUACAACUCUGAGAGGAACAGAUUUAUGUAAAGUAUAUGUAUUUGAAUGCAGAAUUUAAAUAAGGCUCUACCUCAAAGACAUUUGCACAGAUUAUUGGUGUCUUAUUAUAUUGAUUUCAAAUGUGAAUUCACAUAAACAUUAAAUUAUGAUGUUUGAAUAUUAUAUAUGUGUAUGCAUUUUACUGGCUCAAAAUCAUUUACUUCUUUCUCAGGUAUCAAAGAAGCCAGAGAGUAUUACCAGAGCUUUGCCACCUCUGCAGUUUUUCCUUGGUGCUCAUCUUAAUGACCUAAUAUACCCCAAACAUGAAAGUAUCACCAAAAAAAUACUGAAUAAUCUAACAAAAGGCAAGACUGCCCUUAGAAAUUCUAGCCUGGUUUGGAGAUACUAACUGCUCUCAGAGAAGGUAACUUUGUGACAAAUCAUGAACACAUGUCUAUCAUCAAAGAUGAUAAAAUAGAUUCCUGUUUUUCCCCUGCCCCCUGAAAUGUUCAGUAAUGUCCCAUGUAUUUUGCCACAAAUGGCAGCUUAUACAUACCAAUUGUAAAAUCAACAUCUGGAUUUAGGAAUUGCUCUUGUCAUGUUCUGAAGGUUCUUAGACUUACAAGCCUUCUCCUUAAUGCUAUCCCACAUUUAAAUAUCUUUGAAAGUUUGUAUUAAAUGUGAAUUUUAAGAAAUAAUACUUAUAUUUCUAUAAAUGUAAACUGUGAAGAUAGUUAUAAACUGAAGCAGAUACCCAGAACCACGUAAAGAACUUCCAUUUGUGGAGGACAUUUUUGCCCCUUAUGUUUGGAAAUAUAAAAUAUAGGUAAAAAUACUUAAUAUAUUUAAUUAUAAUGUUUUUGGUAUUUCUGGUUUUCUCUUUUUUGGCAGGGGCUUGCUUUUUGUUUUUGUGUUCCUUUUCUCCAACUGUUGCUAAAUAUAACUCAUUUAAGAAUCUUUAAUGCUUCUUGGGUCUCUUAGAAGAUAUUUCUUUUAACCUCCCUUUAGUAGUUAAAUAAUUAUUUACAUAGGUUGCUACUGCCAAGAAGACCUCUUCCAAACAGCACAUGAUUAUUUGUUAAACAGCAUCAUAUUCCACAUACUGGAAAGUAGAUAAGAAUGUAUAAAUUUCAAGGGGUAGAUUUUAUUAGUAAGAAAGCCAAAUGCGGAGUUUGAAAUAUUCUUUCCUGCAUAUUUUUCAUUCUAGCUACAUGCUGGCCAGUAGACCAUCUUUCUUUUUUAAAAUUGAAUUUUAAUAUUGUAUGCUGUUUAACCCAUGACUGCCAAAAUAUUAGCAUUUCAACAUGUAAGCAUGUGACUGAGAUAACUGUGCUUUGUUUAGGGUUACCCACUGUGUUGUGGUCUAGAAAGUGUCUUUAGGUAGAAAGUCUGAGUGAUCAUAGGGUUUCCUCAUUAAUUUCUCUUCUCUGAGCAAUCACAGGCUGUGCUGCCUGCUCUCCAGUUUUCUACUUCUAGGCAGAAGAAGGACAAGUCAAGUACUAGUUAUUCUUCAUGGCCAGAAGUGCAAGUUCUACUUUGCAAGGCAAAAUUAACUUAGAAAACACCCUAUUCCACUUUGGUGAGUUCCAGCCAAGAACUUUGAGUUCCUUUGUGAGAAGGGCAGUAGCGAAGUCUUUGUACUUGGUGGUGUGAUUUUUUUCCUCAUGCCUCCACCUAGUGGCCCCAAGCAUGACUUCUCCCAUGUCAACAAUCACAGCCAUGUUCCUGAGUUGAAAUGACCUUAUCCAAAAUCGUCCUCAUUCUGGUGAACCUGGUACUCUUUAUGGUAGGCAUACUAGGUAGGGAAAUCACCCAAAGGUCAACCAUGAGCUGCAGAAAAAAAGGCUAUUUGCAGAAGGAGCUCACAAGUCACACUGAAAGCAUUGCAUUUUCAAACAUCUUGGUCUUCCUCAUCGGCAUUCCUACAGAUUCUUCUGAUCUUUGAUUUGAUCAGAUGCAUUUUCGCUAUUGAAUUAUCAGUUUCGGUACAACUAUCUGAAUAAGGCACAUAACCAAGGACAUUUAGAAUUUUUUCUAUGUUCACUCCUGAAGGUAGUUUGUUUGGGUUUAGAAUUCUAUACCAUGGCAUUUGUAAUUUUCGUCAGCACUUUAAAAAUAUUAAACCA